UCAGUGGUUAAAACUUAUACGAAAACUAAAAAAAAUUACAAAAUCGGGGUGUCGAAAACGUAUAUACCUAAAAAAAUUCUAUACGAAAACUACAUACCGGACACUACUGAACUACCAUUUGGAAUUUCACCCACCAACAAAAGAUAACAUGUAUUUAAGAGGGUUUUGUGAACAAUGAUGAAAGGUGGUUUAGAGAUGAGUUGGGGUUCAUGUCGAUUUAAGAAAAAGGGCGAGAAAGUUAACUAUGAGAUGGAGCAGUGAAGAUGGAGGUGGAUAGAGAUGGCGAAGGACAAUGGUCGAAAAUGUCGAUGACGACAUUCGAUGUUGUUAGUAGUCAAAAAGGACGGAAGUGUUAGUAGUUAGUAUGUUAGUAUCACCAAGUUAGUAUUAAAAUCUUCCCUUGCCUUGAUUUGAACCCAGGACCUCCAACCUAUUAACUCAGAUGACCACGUUAGAUAUAUAACUCGGUGUCAUGCUACCGAGUUACAUAUUUAUCAGAUUUUAAAUACAUUAAAAAUACUUUGAAGUUUAUGUAAUAUAAUUAAUUAACCUUAAAAUAUAAACCAAUGGAUUCAUCUUAGUUUAAACUAUUAUAAAAUAUUAACCAUCCAUUAAAAUAAUAAGCAAACUUAAGAUUCAAAUAAUAAGAAGAUGUAACCAUUGCCUAAAUUGAAUUUGAAGAAGCAUCAUCCAAGCAAUCUCUCUGUAAUCUCUUCUCUCCAAUGCUUCUACUACCCUAUUCUUGAGAUCUUCAAUCAGAAGCUACCUAGAUCUCUCUUACAAGCUACAUUUCUCAACUAACUCUAUAUUAUCUCACUCACUCUCUUAACCCUCAUUCAUAACCCAACUUACAAUCAAACUCUUCAGUUUCAAUCCUAUAACCACAACAAUGGCGGCAAGAGCUUCGUUUUCUCGUUAAGCCUCAUUCAUAACCCUAACUUACAAUCAAACUCUUCAGUUUCAAUCCUAAACAACAACAACAAUGGCGGCAAGAGCUUCGUUUUCUCGUGAUUCAAGAACAGUUAGCAUGCCAUUACCUAACUCUAUUCUGCUCAAGGAUUAUUUAGUUGAUGAUCUGAGCUCUUGCUCCUCUAAUGGCUUCCGAUCUUAUCCACGUCAGCCAUGCUGCACUAAGGUUCGGUACCUUAUCGAAAUUGAUCUCAGUAUUAAGCUUCCUCCAUCGCGAAAGCAGUUUCUGAAAGUCAAUUCGAAACCGAAACCGAAGCCAAAACAUAAUUCAAAUCCAGAUUGUUCGAAAUCGAAAAUGAAUUUGAGAUUUCAUAAAGCUUCUAAAGCUGUGGUUAAUGUUUUCAAGAAAUUUCACUUUUCCGGAUCCGGAUCCGGAUCCGGUAAUCGUACAAAACCAAAGCCAAAGCCUAAACAUAAUUUUCUACACUUCUGGAAGCAAACUCGUUCUAUGAAUCGUUCCAUUGACUCGUUCGAACGGUUGAACUCGUUCAAACGGAACGAUAACAUAAACACGAACAGCAACAACAUCUUCACCACUUUGAACACCACCGCCACUACAGCGGAAAUGAAAGCCUCCGGUAGUAACAGUAACAGUAACAGUAACAGCUUCACCUCAUCGGAUAGCUACUUUACCGCCACUACAAACUCUACUACUACUGGCGGUUGUUCGAACAUCAUUGUUGCUCAAAACGACGUCGUUAAGAGUGAGCAGUUAGCACCGGAGAAGAUGAAUACGGAAGCGGUUACGGUGGUAACCGCCAGCAAUGCAAAGAAAAAGUUGCAAGGUGAGGAAAGAGACAUAUUUAGUCCCAUAUCAGUGAUAGAUUUUCCAUAUGAUCGUGAUAACGAUGAUGAAGAAGAUGAGGUCACUUCUCCAUACCAACAACAAAGCCCAUUCUAUGCCAAAGGAUGCAAACGAAAACUCAUGUCCAAACCUCAAAGAACAAAGAGCCUUGUUCGACUAAAUCCUGUACGAUUAGAGGACAGGAUCACACUAUCAGAGUCUCAAACACGUGGGUCAAUACUUGAAUCAUCAUUAGAAAUUCAACGGGAGUUGGCCGCAGAAAAGAAUGCAAUUGCAUUGCUUCAACUAUUGAAAGCAACAAUGUCUUCUCAUGAUCUAUCAAAAUCCCCAAUGACGGAGCGUGUCUUAUUAGGAUUUUUUACAGAGCAGUUUAUUCAAGGAAGUGUCUCUAACUACGUAGUAUUGCAAGAAGCAAAAGAUUGGAUCAACGGACAAACAAAAGAUAUACUUGAAUAUCAAUAUAACAAGCUAGCGUAUAUAAAAGAGAUGGAGAAAGAAGUUAAGUGGUUGGAGUACAAUGAAGAAGAAACAAGAGAGGUUGUUUCGGAACUAGAGUAUCAAGUUUUUACUUCGUUAGUCGAAGAGAUGUUCCUUGAAUUUUAUUUAUAGUUUUUUAACAUCAAAUUAGGAUGAGGAUAAUCUUCUAAAGAAUACUUUUAUCCUCACUAGCAUAGAGAUGAUUGAAAACAACAUCGCGGGUUGUUGUUUUUUUCAACUAAUUUUCAAGUAAGGUUAGAAAUAGAUUAAGAAUAAAAUGUCCCCUUAGCAAACAGAGAUUAAGGACUGUUUACAAAGAUUUUAGAAUAAAAUAUUCCAUGUAAUGAUACUUUUACCGGUAUUUGUUCUUUAUGA